CAACAUACAUUGCUUGCCCUGAUACAAGGAGGAGAUCGAAGAAGAAGACAUGGAAACGAUGCUGCUGCUAACUAGCGCCUCACGAUGAGCAACACAAGUUCACAGCGUCAUGUUUAACUCGGGUUAAACAGCUCAUAGACAGUGCGAGUGCAACACAACCGGCUCUCCUGUCAAACCUGACAUAGGUGACAUCAGAGCCAUGGCAGCUUCACAGUCUGCUGUAACAGUUGCAGUGUGCAUCCUCAUGAUAACAGAGAUCAUACUUGCCAAGAAGGACUACUAUGAUAUACUGGGAGUGCCCAAAGACGCCACUGAGAGACAGAUAAAAAAGGCGUUCCACAGGCUUGCAAUGAAAUAUCACCCCGAUAAGAACAAGCGCCCGGAUGCGGAAGUGACAUUUAGGGAAAUUGCUGAAGCUUAUGAAACUUUAUCAGAUGAGACCAGAAGAAGAGAAUAUAACCUGUUUGGCGACACCUCUGCCUACUUCACCGGGGACACUCGACGCAGACACAGAGAUGGAGCCCACCAGCCUUUCAGCUUUGAUGACAUAUUCAAAGACUCUGACAUAUACAGCCAGAACAGACACGCCCGUCACCGAAGACACUUCGAUGAACACUCCAGGUCCCACAAGGAGUCCCACAGCAGACACAAGAGACACACUCAAGGAGGCUUUGGAGCAGGAGGUAUCUUUGAUGACAUGUUUGAAGACAUAGAGAGAAUGUUUACUUUUGACAGACACAACAAGCAGUCUGAAAACGGGUUUCAUGGUGCAUCAAAACAACACUGCAGAACCGUGACGCAACGCAGAGGAAACAUGGUGACCACGUACACAGACUGCACUGCACCUUGAGAUACAAAGUAAAGUGAUACAUGACUUAAAAUUGCCUUAAGGGAAUGCAAUACUGUUGCAUUGAUUAGGUCACUGAAAGCCACUUGGUUCAGGUAUUGUGAAAUCUGAACUGUGACGUUUGAACUGACAUUCAGGCACAGAAUGACAAGCUACACAGUUUAACAAGCUUUGGUCCAAAUUUAAAUAAGCUUCAUUUUACGUCAGGCUAUUUCCUGUGUGCCCUUGAACUUUGAAAUGAUUGUAGUACUUUUUCAGUUCUUGUUGAAGUAACCUGUACUUCAAGCACCUUCUUUUGAUAGUUGAACUUCAAAACAUUGUUCAUUUCACUGUUUUAAUACAAAAACAGUCCAGGUGCACAAACAUGUGUGUUGUUCUCGCGUAGUUCACCCACCACUCAGUUUUUGUAGAGUUUUUGGUUUCUUUUGUGUAGGUUCUGCUAUUGUAAGUCUCAAAUCACAGCUGAGGGCAGAGACAAUAGCUUCUAGCAGAGUUUUGCUUAUGGUUGUGAAAUGGGGAGCAAUGUCAACAACAACCUGGGACCCUGCACAUGUUGCUGUGUUCAGUCUGUGUUUUAGGAUUUGUUCUACAUCUUGUUGGAACACAUUACUCGAGAGGGCCAGUCUAACUUUUGAACACCAUGUAUUAUUAUAUAAUUAUAAAGAAUUAUAAAUAUCCCUAAAUCGUAAGAUAUAAUUAGAGAAGAGAUGUACGUGUAUACAGAAAUGUCGGAGAAUUUAGUGGAUAUGGCCCAGACAGACCUGCAAUUCUAUUCAAAGUGUGAAGCUUCAAAUGUUGUAUUUUGGAGAAACAUUUUUAGCGAGUUUUUAAAUCAACUUGAAUGUAAUGUUUGAGACCAAUGUUGGAUUAUACUAGCGAAGCGUUGUCUAUAAUUUUUGAUGUAACACAAGCUGAAAGUAAAGAACCACAAACGCUACAAACUCAAAAAUAAUCAGAGAAAAUCAACACUAAUCUGAGAAAACGAGCAAAUUUCAUUCAAAUACUGCAUGGUUAUUAGUUCUUGUUGACCCGCAGUUAACCUGCUCUUUACUUUUUAAAUUUGAGAUAUUUUUAUGGAUUUACAUUUUCAUUUCAUGAAACUGAACCACGACUCCUAAAAUGUAGGUAUUGAGACACUUAAACUGUAAACCAGAGUAUGAACCUGGGGUUUUGUGACUCAUAUUUCUAUGAAUCAGCAGAUUUUGUAUUUUCAAAAAAAGUUUAAGACUGUGCAGUGUUGAAUACAGCUGUCCAUUUUAAUUGCAAUUUGUAUUUUGCAGUGUAAAAUAUGUAUGUUUAGAUUAAGAUCAAGUGUUAAGAACGCUGCAGUGCAAAGCUGAAGAAAUAGUAUGUAACAGUAUAUGUGCUAUAUGAAUUGAUGCUCUGCACAUGAUGAAACACUCAAUACAUUCACAUUUCCCAACACUUGUGUUACCUCAUUCACGGAACAUGCUCCUUUGACAUUGUGCUGUGCAAUAUUUAUUUCUUAUAUUCAUAUCGUUGUUGUAAAAUGACCAAUAGCACUUUACAUUUCCAGUUUUGUGUUUGUUUUUCAAAGAAUGUGUUUCUAGAAAUAAAAUGUAGAGAACAAAUUGAGA